AUUCAUGAUUUCUUUGGCUAGAUAUCAGAGUAACACAGUAUCGAAAAAGUGCGACAGUAUUAGAAAACUACGACAUAUCGCUGAUGGAGAUUCGUCGAGGCAUGUGUGACUUGACAAUAGCUUGAACAAUCGAUCGACGAACAUCUUUGUUCAGCCGCCCGCAAGGCUGCGCUGAAGGAAAACAGCUUGGGAUUCCAAACAAUAUGCCACAGGGAUUCACCAGACGAGCGAUUGGCGCUUUAUUAACCGCUACUGCUCUGUUAUUAAUAUGGAGGAUAUCAAAUUAUGAUGUUGUGACUUCUUUAUCUCCAUCGUCGUCGUCGUCGUCGUCGGCGAAUAAUCAGCUCAGCAAAUCCGGCGGAAACCCGCGACGAAUCGCCAAAGUGUCGAUGUUAUACGGAAAUCCGAAUCCAUUAUAUGAACGCGCACUUCGAAGUCAUGAGCGGCACGCGCAACGAUGGGGGUAUCCCAUGUAUGUGUUAGAGGAGGAUAUCUCAGAAGGGUUUUGGAAUAAGCCGAGUUAUGUGUUGUCGCUUGUUAUCCAGGAGCUUGCGAAACCUCCUACAAAACGGUGUGAAUGGCUGAUGUGGGUUGACGCCGACUCGAUAAUAAUCAAUCCUGCAAUCCCCGCCGAUAUUUUUCUCCCUCCUUCCGACCUCUCCGAGAUCCACUUCGUAGCCUCAAAAGACCAGAACGGUCUGAAUACUGGCAUUGUUUUCUUUCAUGUCCACCCCUGGACGGUCAGCAUGCUAGUUGAAACCCUCGCACACCCUCUCUACCUCCCUGAUAUCGACCUCGGCCGUUCCGCGGACCAAGAAGCAAUGGCUCGCAUAAUGGCCAAACAAACCGGUGGCCCCGAAGGUCAAGGAUAUGCUGCUGGCAUGGCGUACCUCCCACGACCAUGGAUCAACACCUACGAAUGGCACCACGCCUACGAAGGGAAGAAAGGAGACAUGCUCGUCCAUUUCCCGGGUUUGGAGGACGAUCGCUGGCCUCAUAUGGCGAAUUGGUUAGAUAUUGUAGAAAAGACACCGCUUGAAUGGGAGGUACCCUUGAAAGAAUCCGGAUACGACGAGCUCACUCGGGUGUUUUGGGCUAAGUUCCGUGCCGCCCGAGAUCUGGCCAAUAGUGUCCAGGAAGAUAUCUGGCUCGAGCCGGCCGGCUCGUCGACGUCCAUGCGGCAGGCAGCCGUGAAUAAUGUGCGACUGGCACUACAGCAACACGCCGAUGAGCCGGAGGUUCUUCAGCAGCAGGUUGCUGAGCUUAAGGCGGCGGUUAAAGAAGAAACAUCUGGGCGUUCAUGA